AUGGGAGCGACAGCAAACAAGGCCACGACGGUGGCGAACCGACUGCUGACGGUGGUCUACAUUCUGGUCAUUGCCGGGGCCAUGAUCGGGCUGGUCGGUGCCGGUUUGCCUUCCGUACUGCGCGCCUGUCCCCGCAACUCGACCGACCUAAACCAGUGCAUUAUCGAUGUGGUGAACGAACUGCGGCCCCGAUUGGCGACGGGAGAUUUUGGUGAAAACUUCACCAUCACCUCCCUGGAGCCGAUCAAGAUCGAUCGACUGACGAUCGAGCGGGGCGAGAACUUUAAGGCCAACUUUACGAACUUCCGCAUCAGCGGUGCAACGCACGAGAAGACGGGAUUCAUCGUGAAGAAGUUGAAAACCGACAUCGACAAUCGUCAGAUUAAUGCCACCCUACUGCUGCCGAAGCUCCAGGUUAACUCGAAGUACUCGCUCAAGAUGAGCAUUCUCGUGCUGCAAAUUAAUGGCGACGGUGAUCUGCAGGUGAAUCUGACUGACACCAAGGUAAGCCUGAAGCUUACAUUCUACACGGAAAUGGUCGACGGUGAGGAGUACUUCCGGUUCAAUCCGAUCAAUCUGCGCGUCAAGUUCGGUAAGGCUCGCUUCUACCUUAAGAAUCUUUUCAACGGUGAUCCAACGCUGGAGAUGAUCGGUAAUCAGGCGAUUAACGAGAAUCCGGACGUGCUGCUGGACGAGGUAAAGAGUGGUAUUGAGGAGAAUUUGGCCAAACUGUUCACCAAGAUUGCCAGUGAGGUGGUAAAGGAUGCACUGUUUGAGGAAGUGUUUCCCUGGAGCUAA